AUUCCUAUCAACGGCCAUCAUGACCUUUCUGUCUCAUCCUCCAUCUCCGCCGAUGGCCGAGAAAGUGAAGCAUGAGAUGAAGCUGUUCGGGGACGUUAGAAUUGACAAUUACUACUGGCUUCGAGAUGACUCCCGCAAGGACCCUAAAGUUCUCGCUUAUCUUGAACAAGAAAACGCCUAUACCGAGGCCAUGAUGUCCGGAACUAAAAAAUUUGAAGAUAAAAUUUAUGCUGAGAUUAGAGGUCGAAUCAAAGAGGAUGAUAUAUCUGCCCCUAGCCGAAAAGGGCCCUAUUAUUAUUAUUCAAGGACAUUGGAAGGAAAGGAAUAUGUUCAAUAUUGCAGGCGUCCCGUUUGUAAUUGCAAUGCUCCACCUUCGGUUCAUGAUACCAUGCCUACAGGGCCUUGCGCUCCACCUGAGCAUGUAAUUUUGGAUGAGAAUGUUAAGGCUCAAGAACAUGGUUUCUACAACAUUGGUGCUUUUACGGUCAGUCCGAAUCAUAAGAUGGUUGCAUACGCUGAAGACACUAAAGGAGAUGAAAUUUAUACCAUAUAUGUGAUUGAUGCAGAGACUCGAGCUCAGAUAGGGAAGCCGUUAGUAGGGACAACAUCAGAUGUUCAAUGGGCUGGUAAUGAUGCUUUAGUUUACAUUACAAUGGAUGAGAUCCAUCGGUCAGAUAAGGCAUGGUUACAUAAGCUGGGGUCGGACCAAUGCAAUGACUCGAUGCUUUACCACGAGAAGGAUGAUAUGUUUUCCCUUGGUCUUCAAGCUUCCGAGAGUGAGAAUUUUUUGUUUAUUUCAUCUGGAAGCGCAGUGACAAGUUUUGUCUUUUAUCUUGAGGUUUGCAAGCUGGACGAAGGCCUCAAGGUUUUGACACCUCGUAUACAAGGCAUUGAUACCUCUUUUUUCAGUUUUAGUGUAAAGAUUCAGGAUAUUAAACUCUUUCGUGAUCAUCUUGUUGUUUAUGAGCGUGAGCAAGCCUUGCCCAAAAUUACUGUUUAUCUUCCGGCAGUUGAAGAGCCACUCACAUGCCUUCGGGGUCAGGAAGUUCAAUUUAUUGACCCUGUAUACUCAGUUGAGCCAUCAGAAUCACAAUUUUCCUCCACCAUUUUGCGGUUUUCUUAUAGCUCAUUGAGGACGCCUCCAUCUGUCUACGAAUAUGACAUGAAUACUGAGGAGUCUGUUUUGAAGAAGACUGAAACUGUCCUGGUAGGUUUUGAUGCAUCUAAUUAUGUCACUGAAAGGAAAUGGGCUAUGGCUUCAGAUGGCACUCAAAUUACCAUAUCAAUUGUGUACCACAAGAAUCUUGUCAAGCUUGAUGGAUCUGAUCCAAUGUUGCUUUAUGGUUAUGGUUCAUAUGAGAUAUCUGUAGAUCCCGACUUUGACAAAGCAAGGCUGUCUUUAUUAGAUCAUGGGUUCGUUUUCGCAAUAGCUCAUGUUCGUGGAGGUGGUGAAAUGGGGAGGCAAUGGUAUGAUAAUGGAAAGUUCUUAAAGAAAAAGAACACUUUCACAGAUUUUAUCACUUGUGCCGAGUUUUUGAUCGAACAAAAUUAUUGUUCAAAGAAAAAAUUGUGCAUUGAGGGAAGGAGUGCAGGUGGAAUGCUUAUGGGUGCCGUUCUUAACAUGAGACCUGAUUUGUGGAAGGCUGUUGUUGCUGGAGUGCCUUUCGUAGAUGUCGUGACUACAAUGCUUGACCCUACCAUCCCUCUUACAACUUCAGAGUGGGAGGAAUGGGGUGACCCUCGGAAGGAAGAGUUUUACCACUAUAUGAAGUCGUAUUCUCCCGUCGAUAAUGUGAAGGCUCAAAAUUAUCCUCAUAUUCUUGUUACGGCUGGCUUACACGAUCCAAGAGUUAUGUACUCGGAACCUGCAAAGUUUGUGGCUAAACUGAGGGAUGUAAAAACAGACGAUAACAUGCUGUUGUUCAAGUGUGAACUCGGCGCCGGCCAUUUUUCAAAGUCAGGAAGAUUCGAGAGGCUUCAAGAAGAUGCCAUGACGUUUGCUUUUCUACUGAAAGCACUUAACAUGAUUCCCACCUGCGGAUAA